CCGCGUCUUCUUCUUCUCCUCUCUUCCUCUCUGGUUUUUCACCAGAAGAGGCCCCUUAAAACUCCAGCACCACUCAGAUCUAAGUCCCUCCUCCCUUUCCAUUUUCGUCCCACCUCUUCUAACCGCCACUUUCUAUUUUCGGAAACUUCAAAAUGGACUCCGAGCAGCGCCGCAAGCGGAAGCGCUUGGUGGGCCGGUCCUACUCGCAGUCGCGGAGGUCACUCUUUCUCUGCUUCUCUUUCUUCAUCUUCCUCCUCUUCUUGUCCUCCCGCCGCUUCCGAACGGCGUCGUUCCGCCCCGUCAUCACCGCCUCCUCCACCACUUUCUCUCUCCUCUCCUCCACCGCGCACAACUCGGUUCUCGACUCGUUCGCUCACCGCAACGACUCGCCCCCGCCGGUGAAGGUCCAAGAUCGGGUCUUGUUUCCCGAUCACGUCCUGCUCAUUGCCGCCGGCCGGUUCCGGCCGGAGGAUCAGUUGGACUGCGUCUACCGGAAGUUCAACGGCUCCGACGAGGUCGCCUUCGCCGUCAAGCCGGCGAUGUCGGUUGAGAGUUACGACGAGGUCCGGUCGAUUGUGCGGUGUCCGUUCGGGAACUACUCGUCGGCCGUCGGCUUGAGGAGGCGCGGCGGGAAGCAUGAUUGGACGGCGAGGAUUAAUCAGACGGUGGCUGCUGCUUCUCCUUGGGAUAAGGUCGUUUACGAGGCGGUUAUGGAUGACGACAAGGCGGUUGUGUUUGUUAAGGGUCUGAAUCUUAGACCGCACCGAAAGUCCGACCCGGCCCAGCUCACUUGCCAUUUCGACUUCGGCGAUGGCUUUGAGCUCGCUACCGAAGCCGUUGCGGCAGCUCAGGAAGUUGUGAGGUGUUCGUUGCCGAAGAGCAUUGGCAACAACCCGGAUAUGGCUUCGGGUAUUCGGGUCACAAUUGGGUACAACACUGGGCACCCGAGAGCUCCGGUCCAUGUAACUCUUCCUUCUGUGGCCACAAUUCAAAGUUCAAAGCCUAAGUCCGUUGAGAAUAAUAAGAAGAAGAAGCAUGAGCUUUGUGCUUGCACCAUGUUGUGGAACCAAGCUCCCGCGCUCAGUGAGUGGGUCAUGUACCACGCUUGGCUAGGCGUCGAGCGGUGGUUUAUCUACGAUAACAACAGCGAUGAUGGGAUUGAGGAAGCGGUUUCGGAACUCGACUCGCAGGGAUACAAAGUCACUAGGCAGUCAUGGCCGUGGAUCAAGACUCAGGAAGCAGGGUUUUCGCAUUGUGCUUUGAAAGCUAGAGAGGAGUGCACUUGGGUUGGUUUCUUCGACGUGGAUGAGUUCUUCUACUUCCCUAGGGAGUUCAGGAAACGUGGGAGAAAUCGCAUUCCCGGCGAAAACUCGUUAGGGAAGCUGGUUUCUAAUUUUUCAAACUCUCCGACAAUUGGUGAGCUGAGGACUGAUUGUCAUAGUUUUGGUCCGUCCGGGUUGAGCUCACAUCCGUCACAGGGAGUAACUGCAGGGUACACUUGCCGGCUGCAAAGCCCCGAGAGGCACAAGUCGAUUGUCCGAACAGACUUGCUUGAUGCUACAUUGCUUAAUGUGGUGCACCAUUUCAGGCUUAGAGAGGGUUUUAGGCACCUGAAUGUGCGGGAAGGCGUUGCGGUGAUAAACCACUACAAGUAUCAGGUUUGGGAGACCUUCAGGGCCAAGUUCCACAGAAGGGUUGCUACAUAUGUUGUGGAUUGGCAGGAAGAUCAAAACCAAGGGUCCAAAGAUAGGGCGCCGGGGUUGGGAACAGAAGCCAUUGAACCGCCGAAUUGGAGAUUAAGUUUCUGUGAGGUUUGGGACACUGGCCUUAAAGACUUUGUUUUGACUUUCUUUGCUGAUCCUUCAAAUGGGUCACUGCCAUGGGAGAGGGCUCAACUUUGGUGACAAAUACUAAGAAGACUUGUAUAACAACAGAGUAAACACAGCAGCAGCUAUUCUUUUUCUUCGAUUCUUUUGCCCUCUCGUACCUGACUCUUUUUUCUUUCAUACAAUUGCAUGGAGAUUACUUACAGGAGUCUUACACUGUAAAUUUGUGACACAAUGAAAUGAACUCUUAUUUUUUCAAUUUGUAA